UUUAUAUCAGAUUUUUAUGAUCGAUUUUAAUGCCAAUAAUAUUUAUAUUAGUUAUGUUAAAUGCUUUCUGUUCAUUCUAACGAUAAUACAUUUUUAUUACUUUUAUUAAGCAUAUACAUACAUGGGUAGUUCUACUUACAAAAACAUCGAAUAUGAAAAAUCAUUGCAGUUUGUUCCUAUUUAUGUUGCUGGUCCAGCGCUCUACUCAGGAAUGGGAGAAAUUCUGGGUAUUCGAUCUAAACACCGCAGAGGAUGAGCGACAGAUGUACCGCCUAGCUCAACUGAUGCGUGGCUACGUUGAGCGAACCGAAGUACGGUGGAGAGAAAUCUUGCCGAUAAAAACGAAAUUAACCGAGAUAAAUCCGGACCGGAUUAGAGCAUUCGAGAAGGGGUACGUCAUGGCGGAUAUUGUGGAGACUUACAGGAAAGCGGUAGUAUUCACCCACAAGCAGAUGGUAAAGCAGCGGUACAUUGAGUCAGAGCGGAUCCGCUACCUGAUGUACGUCCAGAACGCCUAUGUCAAAGUGUACCAUCUCACGCAUAUGAUGCAUGAAAUUGAUCCUAAGUACGGGACCGACAACACAGGUCAAAUAAACCAAUAUAACCUGAACGUCGUUUCCCACGAUUCCACGCCAUCACACUACAACACUACCGGUUUCUACUACUCGAAAGAGUUGGACGACAUUAGACAGGCCCGGGUGAAAGAGAGAAGGAAAAAGGUGAUCGAAGAGAAGCGACUCCGCCAGUGGGAGUUGGACAGGUUGGGGACUGUUAAGCCGGGGACUGUUAAGACCACUACGAACUGGUGGCCUGUGGCUUAUGGAUGGGAUAUUGACUAUUAUUGGUAACCUUAUGGUUCGGUUGGAUAUUAAAUACAGACAAUAUUUAUCG